AUGGAUGAAGCUGAGAGAGAAAAAGAGAAGAGGGAUGUACCUGAUGUAACUGAAAAUAAAAAGAAGGACCGGUUCAAUGCCUUCUUCACGGAACUGCGUGCCAUGCUUCAAGCUCAUGGUUACCCUGUAAAAGGAGACAGAUCUAAAAUAUCACAGGGGACUACUGCUGCUUCACCGGAGAAGGAAGGCAAAGUCAAUCCAGAAACCUCCAGAGAGCAAUCUAAUUGGAUUCCAUCAUUUCAUAGCUAUGAAGACUUCAAGUGUAAGACACUACAAUCAUUAGAUGGCUUUAUGAUAAUACUGAGCACAGAUGGAGUGAUAAUUUUUGUCGCUGAAAACAUCACUUGUCUCCUUGGCCAUUUACCAAAUGAGGUCAUAGGUAAAAAGUUAUUAAGUCUUCUGCCUGAUCAUGAGAAAAACGAAGUCUACCGAAAGAUUGCUCUCAAACUUCCUUUGUCAAACUCAGUGGGAAAACAUAUUGAUUUUUGCUGUCAUUUAAAGAGAGGAAAUGUUGAACAUGAUAGUGGACCUACUUAUGAAUAUGCGAAACUCAUCCUAACAGUACAAGAUAUUUUAAAUGAACCUUUGAUGCUCUUCAGCAGCUUCUUCCCCAGCCAUGCCUAUGCUGAGUCAUCUCCUACAUAUCUUCCUCUGGAGGAUCGGUUUUAUCUGGUGGGGUCCAUCUUUCUCUUCAGGGCUCAGAUCCUACGGGAACUUUUCUCUGUAAAGAAAGCUGAGGAAGAGGUUCUGCUGAUAGAAGACUCCGAUGAGGAACCUGUAUCUCCAGAGCACAGAAGCCAGGGCCAAAAGAGAAGUUCUAGAAUGGAAUUGCUUUGUGCUGAAUCUGCUGCUGCUGCUGCUGCCUCAGAGGAUCAAGUUGGUAUUGGAACAGUUGAGCAGUAUGGCCCCCAAGAGUCUGAUCAUGUAAUUAGGAUAGAAUCUGAUACAUCUUAUGAUUCCAGCACAUCGUCCCUGGAAAGCAUACUGGCAUCACCAGUUGCAUCAUCUUCGCAAAGCUUUGAAUUCCAGCCGGUGGUGGAACAGGUUUCUGAUGUAGAUGAGGUACAAGUGGUGGACGAGCUGGAAGAGGUAGACCAGAUGGAGCAGAUGGAUGAGGUGGAUGAGGUGGGACAAGUAGAUGAAGAGGAAGAGGUGGAGCAGAUGGAGGAGCUGGAGCAGGAGUGGCAGCUGGACCAGGUGGAGGAGGACAAACAGCUGGACCGAGUGGAGCAGGAGGACCAGGCGGACCAGGCUGAGCAGGAGGCCAGCUCACCCUCCAGUGUGGCUGCUGGCAUCAGUGAUGAGUCAAUACAACCACCGCCAUCAAUUAUGUCAUACAUCAACAAGCGGGAGCUGGAGCUGAUGAAAAAGUUCAGGGAGCAGCUGGAAGAGCAGACACGGAUGCUGCAGGCUGACAUCCGAAGCCAGCGGGAUGCACUGGAAAUGAUGAAGGAACAGCUUCAGAGAAUACAGGAUUCCACCUUUCAGAUGCAGCCAACCAUCUCACACCACCUUGACCAUCCUGAGUUCCAGUCUUUGGAGCCAGUGCCCAAGAAACAACGCACUGAGCAAAUGAAGGAGUCCCUCCCAGACCUCAACGAGAUCAGCCUUUCCUGUGGUUCAUGUUCACCCUGCUCUUUCAAAUUCUCAGAGGAGCUGGAGGAGACUUGUGAUGACUCCAACCAGCCACUGCUGGAGGGGCAGGACCCAUUCCUGCAGCAGCCAUUGCAGCAGACACAGGACCAGCUUCUGUCGGAGCAGCAGGUGCAGGAGCAACCCCAGCCGCCGAGCACUGUGGUGGGAAGGCAGAAGCUGCAGAUAUACCUGCCAGGCCAGGCCGGCGUAGCUGUGCCCCUCUGUGAGGACCCCAUGACGUUCAUGCACACCCAGACCAUUGUUCCUGUCCAGUUAGCAGCUGGACAACAGCCCUCUGGCUGCUAUCAAGGUGAUACCCUGGGGGACGAAGAAGAUGACAGCCCUAGUUUUUUUCCUGAGGAGCAGCAGAAGGUGUCCAUGGUAUAUAGCCCGGGCUCUGACACAGUCGCUUCUACCAGCUUUCCUCAGUCUCCCAUACAUUCUGACUCCAGUUUAGUAACCCUGGAGACCCCACAGGAUUAUAUCCAGCUUUGGCAACAGCCACCAGAUUCACAGCAUCACCUUUACCUCCAAGUGAAUACUUGGCCUUCCAGUGAGCACAACAGCCUGCAGGACCAAGCUACCUGGCCCCAGGUGUCAGCUCCUCAGGCAAAUCCCGAGGCUUUCCAGGACCCUGAAGAAUACUCACCAGGCCAUAUCAGCUAUUUUAUGUCUGCCGAGCGGUCUAGCUCAGACGAAAACCAGCACCAGCAGUACUUUCAUACCGAAACUUGAGAGAAGAGGGACAGACAGGCCAAUGAGGCCUGCAUGGCCAGGGGACCUCCAAGGCUCACAGAGUCCCCUGGAAUAGGGGUUGGGGAGGGGGGGUGGAUAUUUUCUUUUCUUUCCUGAUAAGUUCUGUUUGGGAUUGUUGAGCACAACCCAUUUCUUGGAAGGUAUA